AUGCACGCUGCGCUUUCCGACUCGGAUAUUCUCAGAAAUGUUUUCGUCACCUUCCGUGACCACGCCAUCGACAAGUCGUGCGACAGCAGCUACCGGACGUUCAGCAGCUACGUGCAGCCACUGCAGGCCGUCUCGACUGUGUGCCGUGCCUGGCGCCAGGAGGCGCUGCCACUCCUGCACGAGACGCUCGAGCUCCGUGUGAGCGCAGCGCCACUGGAUGCAGAGAAGGCCGGGUCCCAGCACAUAUUCCAGGACGAAGCUGGCCAUUGCGUGUAUACUAACCUGAACACCAUUGACCAGGCGGCAUGGAAGCUGAUUCGCCCGCAUCGCGUCCAGAUCCAGAUCGAGAAGGGCACGAGCAUUGAGGCGGUGGUUGCGCUUGUGGAGUCGCUCCAGCAGCAGCUCUCGGCGGCAUCGACUGCUAUGCUCACUGAGCUGUGGCUUUUCGGGCACAUAUACAAUGGCGAUAGCGCAGACUCGGAGCUCCGAGCACGUAGCCAUGCUGCUGCGGGACGUAUUGUGUCAGCGAUCCACGCUGUGGCGCCUGGCAUUAGCAAGCUCGACGUGCGUGUCUCGGAUGACUGCCGGGAGGAGAUCCCGAUGGCCACUGUUCUCGGCGGCUUGGCUGAGAGCUUGACCAAGCUAAAAGUCACGGCUAAUGCCCCCCUGAACUGGGACCAGGUGUCUCUGCUCAAGGUCAAGCAGCUUGAGGUCCUGUGUUCUGACAAGCAGGGCGAGGGCAUCAUCACUGCUAGCGUUCCCGAGAUGGACCCCUCUGAGCUCGAGGUUCUCAAGCUGCACCAUGUCACAAUGAGCCAUUUCUACCAGCAGUUCCGCAGCAGCGACUCGGCCAAGACGGUCACGUUCAGCAAGCUGAGGAAGCUAGUGCUGUUCUUCAUGUCUGAAGACGUUACCGAUAUUUCCGAGAUCACAGGUCGCUACAAUGUCAAGUACGAGUUCCCGGUGUUGGAGAGGCUGCAGAUCACCAACACUGAGCUUGAUUUGAGCGGGCUGUUCCAGCUGUUCGCGCACACACCUGUCCACAAUAUCUGGAUGGAGAACUGGUAUGGGUGCGAGGACAAUAUUGACCUGACUGUGUUCCCGAACUUGGCCCAAGUCUACAUCAACUUCCGCGACUACAACACCGACGACAUGGACCAAUUGCCCAACACGAUCAGGAAUGCACUCGAGCACUGCUCCGAGCUGCGCUCGCUCAGGUUUGACUACGUCACCAACUUCGAAGUGACGCUGCCCGACACCAUAGCCAGUCCGUAUAUCGAGCUGCUGCAGUUCGACGGAUAUCUGUCGCUGAGCGACAUCACUCGGCUUGCUACCGAGCUGCCUCUGCUGGAGAUGGUAUCGGUGAUCAUGUCGGAUGAGGACCCAGAAGAGGUGUCGCUCGAGCAGGUACAGCAGCUGUUGGAGAGUGGCAACGAGCCGCUCAACACUAGCCUGACAAGGCUCUUCACUCCUUCGUUUGGACGUUCUCCGCUCGAGGAUGGCAAAUACACGCUCGAGUUUGCUCAGUACCUGAAGCUGCUGGUGCGUCUUCCAUCACUGCAGACUGUGACCCCGCCGUUCGGACAGGAAGAAAUCGAAAGUCGGUUGGAUGCAGUGCUUCCCAGUGGGCUAGACAAGUCAGCUGGUGGCCACCUGAGGAUGCUCGAAUACUACUGA